UCGGCGGCGGUUCCACUGCACAUUCGGACUCCUCUCCCUCGCGCCUAGUUCGCUUCCUCCGCAACCAUGUCUGACAAACCGGAUAUGGCUGAGAUUGAAAAAUUCGAUAAAUCGAAAUUGAAGAAGACAGAAACGCAAGAGAAAAAUCCACUGCCUUCAAAAGAAACAAUCGAACAGGAGAAGCAAGCUGGUGAUUCAUAAUGAGGUGGCACCGCCAGUAAGCACUGUACAUUCCACAAGCUUUGCCUUAUUUUCGUUUUAGCUGCUUAACUUUGUAAGGUGCAAAGAGAUUGGAUCAAGUUAAAAUGGCUGCACUGCCUCCUUUUCACACCAAAGAAUUGAGAACUACUGACAAGGAAAGCAGCACCUGCCUCUCCCAUCACAGGGACUGAAGAGAACUUUCAUGCUGAAGAAAAGAAGUUGGGUGGGAGGACAGUGAUUAUAUAAAUGCAAAGCUACAGGCUAUACAUGUGUUUUAAUCAGAGUGUCACUCUUUUGUUUAAAUGAUUUUAUUGGAACUCAGAUUUUUAAAAUAUGCAAAUAAAAGGUUUUAAAACCUGGA